ACACAGUAAACUCCCACCCAGAGGAACCAACCUCCAUCUUACUCUGAAAUAAAUAGUGCUGCAUUCACUUGCUCCUUGCAGACUGCAAAACAGCCCAAGCAACAAACCGAGUGUCUGUUUCAUCUCUCAUCACCGGCGGUACAAAGAAAUCCAGCAAGAUGACCCACCAGUUUCCAUCCCUUUCACCAAACCAGAAGAAGGAGCUGGCGACUAUCGCCCAGCGUAUUGUGGCUCCUGGAAAGGGUAUCCUGGCUGCAGAUGAGUCCACAGGCACCAUGGCAAAGCGUCUGCAAAAGAUCAACGUGGAGAACACGGAGGAGAACCGCCGCUUCUUCCGAGACCUCCUGUUCUCCGUUGAUCCUGCCAUUUCGCAAAGCAUCGGAGGAGUCAUUUUCUUCCACGAGACACUGUAUCAGAAAUCAGACAAGGGCGUCCUUUUUCCACAGGUCAUCAAGGAGAAGGGAAUUGUGGUUGGCAUUAAGGUUGACAAAGGCACAGCAGGGCUGAAUGGAACAGAUGGUGAGACAACCACACAAGGGCUGGAUGGCCUGGGGGAGCGCUGUGCUCAGUACAAGAAGGAUGGGUGUGACUUUGCUAAGUGGCGCUGUGUGCUGAAGAUCUCAGACGGCUGCCCUUCCGCUCUGGCUAUUGCUGAAAAUGCCAAUGUACUAGCCAGAUACGCCAGUAUCUGCCAACAGAAUGGCUUGGUGCCUAUUGUUGAGCCUGAGAUUCUCCCAGAUGGUGAUCACGACCUCCAGCGAUGCCAAUAUGUCACAGAGAAGGUCCUCGCUGCUGUCUACAAAGCUCUGUCUGACCACCAUGUUUAUCUGGAGGGUACUCUGCUCAAACCUAACAUGGUCACAGCAGGACACUCCUGCCCCAAGAAGUACACCCCACAAGAGGUUGCCAUGGCAACCGUGAGUGCCCUCAGACGCACCGUACCCGCCGCUGUUCCAGGCAUCUGCUUCCUGUCAGGAGGUCAGAGUGAGGAGGAAGCUUCACUCAAUCUCAAUGCCAUCAACCAGACUCCACUGCACAGGCCCUGGAAGCUGACUUUCUCCUACGGACGUGCUCUCCAGGCCUCAGCGCUGGCAGCAUGGAAGGGUAAAACAGCAAACAAGAAGGCUGCACAGGAGGCUUUCGUUACUCGUGCUAAGAUUAACGGUCUGGCAUCUAAAGGCGAGUACAAACCAACAGGCCAGGCUGACACGGCUGCUAUGCAGUCCCUCUACACUGCCAGCUACGUCUACUAGACCAAACAGGCUACCAAACAGCAAUCUUUCCUUGACCACACAAAACUGUGAAUACAAAAUUGACCAAAGACUGUGUCAUGUUAACUUGAUUUAUAAACAUAUAUAUUUUGCAUGCCUGGAAUACUGAUCUCCAAACUCAUGACAAAAUCAGCAAAUGUUUUUUAUAGAUUAUAAAGUUGAAAGAUCUUUCUAUAGUAAAUAAAUAAAAAGGAACAUGCACUGA